AUGACGGAGGUUUUCGUUGUAAAGAAGACGAAGGAGUGCACAUCCGCCCGCUGUGGCUUUGUCGUUUUCCAUGACACGGACGCGGCAAUGAAUAUGUUUGACGCUCAGCCACAUAUGUUCAAUGGGACCAAAAUCACCGUUUCGGUGGCAAAGAAUAGGAAUUCUAAGGAUCAAGAUAAAAGGCCUCACACGAAACCAAACAUCUUGAACGGGGAGGCCUCCACUUCACGCUCUGGUGGGACCACCAUAUUUGUCGGUCGCCUGACACCAACUACCACGGAAGGCGACCUCGCAGUCUACUUUUCCGAAUUUGGCACUGUUAAAAAUGCAACAGUAGUAUCUGAUCGAACAACCGGCCUGUCCCGCGGCUUUGGUUUUGUCACUUUCGUAGAUCGAAAGGCCUUCGAAAAUGGUGUUUUGGAAGCUUGUCACUUGAUCAAUGGGUACCGCCUUAACGUCAAGCCUGCAAGACCUCAAACCACAUGUCGUCCUGCUAGGAAUGUGGCCACGGAGGAUAUUCAGUCUUCGACGGAGAGUGCGUAG